UUUUUGGCACAUCACACAUCACACACAUGUCAUGCUGGGGCAGGCAUACAGCGCGAAUAAACAGAUUUGUUUAUAUUCCAGGAACCACCUUCCCGUUGCAUCGUUCAGUGCCGGUUUAUCAGACGGAAUCGCACAGCAUAACCUACCAUCGGCGAACCCCGUAGAAAACGUGUAAAAAUGCCGAAAAAGAACGCUUUUUUCUAUUUUAUGUUGGAGUACAAAGCCCGCGAGGAAGCUAAAGGGCGUAAAUUUAAGAGUCUCGCUGAAGUGACUCCCUAUGCCGGAGAAAUUUGGCCGAAAAUGGAAGCUGCUCAACGUGAACAAUACUAUGCAAUGGCAAACAAGACACAAAAUGCAACAGUGCAGUUCGAAGAGAAGGUGGUGGAGCGUGCCCAAGCAAAGGAUGCAGCAAAAGACCUUCUUCAGGAACGGGUGAACAGGGCUGUGUCUGAAAAUGAACUCGCGCAAGAAAACUUUUACCUGAUCUCGAUGGGAUACUUUUGCCGCACGAUCGAUGAUGUUUACAUUCCGGCUGAAAUUGGUGUGAUUAAGUACAGCCUCCAGUCGGGCGUACAAGAGCGGUUUCACAUGCUCGUCGAUCACGCGAAACUUCCGACCGGUAUGGCGUACGAAGCGUUGCAGCACUCGGAGGGUACUCAUGCCCUGCCGCUACCACCGCACGGGCUAGGUGUACAGGAUUACGCAGAAAUAGCAGCGAAACUGAUAAGCUUCCUCCAAGCAGAGCAUGACAUUCCGAUGCUGUUCACGGCUGCGAAGGAAACAUCGGCGGUGCACAGUAUGCUUUGUGCCAUUCUCGGUGAUCAUCUGCAUCACAGGACGCUGGUCAUUUGCUCCGUAGCGGAACUGUAUAUGCAGCUGCAACAUGUUUCGGUACGGUCCAAUCCCGACAAAUCGGCCUUCAGGACGGUGCAUAUGGCACAAAAGCUGCUGGAUGAUGAUGUGUUUAGCUACACGGAAGGCAUCAGCUGCGAUUAUCACGAGAUUCGAAGCUUGCUAGUGCAUUGUGUCCUGUCCCAGUGCAUCCGUUGGGCGUACAGCAUUUCAUACGACUGUUGCCCGGACAUGGGUAUUGCGUUGGUCCCGGGAAUGCAUAAGCCGGGCCAAAAGGACGUUGAAGAUCAAUGCAACCAGUCCAGCGAUACCAUUUCCGAUGACGAUGCUUCGAGUAAUAACGAGCAACUGAACGAUGGUACGAUGUCGUUCGUGUCUUACGGAACCCAUGUUACUUCUCUGCCACCGGAACCGGGCACGAUCGAAGACUUGCCUAUUAAUAUAAAGCCAGACAGGGCAGGAGACGACGAAGUAAGCGUUUCUGCCAGCCAAGUGCAGCUUAAUGCAACGGAAAACGCAUCCAUCGCAGAGAGCGUCGGACGGUUGAGUUUGAAUGGGUUAGAUCGACGCGAUUAUCGUUUGACUCCUCGCGGCAAUGCUUUGAUCCAUGGUAACGGUGACGCGUUUUCGGUUGGGUCAAAAUCCGACCGAGAGUUCACGCGCUGUCCAAAUUGUUCCUAUAGAUUCCGGGUGGUCAACAAUGAAUAAGAGUAAUUUUUCUUCUAUAGUUUUAUUAUUUCUAGCAUCUUAUGGACUCUUGCCGAGAAGGGCAACGCGUUGAACUAUAUUUUUUUUUAUUCUUAGGAAACGGCCUGGCCGUAAUGCUCAUUGAAUUGUUUCUGCAUACAAUUUAAGGUGAUGAAUAAACUGCUGUUUAUAAUUGAAAUGUUGAAUACAAUAACGAAAAUUAUACUACC